CGCCUUGCCCCUGGCCCAACGCGCCAGGAUGACGGGCCGUGAGGAGCCGGCCGAGGGCGCGCCGGGCAAGGGGAAGGCUGCGCUGGCGCCCAGCGCGGAGAAGGCGGGCGCCCGCCUGGCCAGCGGCAGCCUCCGCUCCAAGGGCUUCGCCAUCACCGACCUGCUGGGCUUGGAGGCCGAGCUGCAGCCGCCCGGCCCGGCCGCCUCGUCCGGCUGCGAUAGCGGCGGGCCGGUCGGCGGCGGAGGCGCCCUGCCGCUGGGCUUGGGCUUCCUCUGCGGCUUCGCCCCGCAGCAGCCGGCAGGCGCGCAUUGCCUCCUGCCGGCCCACCUGCCCUUCCUGCAGCCGCGCCUGGAGCCCUCGCAUCAGCCCCACCACCCCUACGGGCCGGCAGCCGAGAAACGCAAGGAGAACCUCUCCGAUGAAGAUAGUUUGUCAGGGGACAAGAGUGACCUCAAGACUUCUGGGUCCCAGAUCAAAAGAAAGAAACGACGACACAGGACAGUAUUUACUGCCCACCAACUGGAGGAACUGGAAAGGGCAUUCAAUGAAGCUCAUUAUCCUGAUGUGUAUGCCAGGGAAAUGUUAGCAAUGAAAACUGAGCUCCCUGAGGACAGGAUACAGGUCUGGUUUCAAAACCGAAGAGCCAAAUGGCGGAAGCGCGAGAAGUGCUGGGGCCGCAGCAGUGUCAUGGCGGAAUAUGGUCUUUAUGGUGCUAUGGUGAGACACUCCAUCCCACUGCCUGAAUCCAUCAUCAAUUCAGCCAAAAGUGGGUUAGUGGGCUCCUGUGCCCCUUGGCUGCUUGGAAUGCAUAAAAAAUCAAUGGACAUUUCGAGAAAGUCUGACUGUGAGGAAAAGGGGGAUGGUGGCUGCUGGAAAUCUGAACACCCUGGUGAGGAAUUUAAAAAUAAACAGACAGAGCAGGAGAGAAGUUCCAGUGACAAAUUCCACUCAAUGGAUAAUUCUGAAGAUAUUGCAAUUGAUCUCUCUAGUACCGCAAAGCAUGAGAAAAAGGGCAACACUUUGAGACAGUGUCUCAGUGGAGGGCCACAGCCAAAAAUGAAUGACAGCAAGCAUUAAACAUGGGAAAGAAGAUAUACAUAGGACAACUACAAAAAAUCUCCAAUAUUCUGGGAAAAAAUUAAAAUUUUAUUUUAAUAUUUAUUAGUAUUUUUCAACUAACAAUACAGUAUUUCACAUUAAAUGGAAAUUUUUAUGAGAUGGGGUCCAUCUAAGAUAUUUAUUUAUUUUUUCAACUUGAACGUUGUUUAUAUGUAAACAUGGUAAUAUUUAGAGGUAGCAGAAAUUGUUUCUUAAUAUGUUUCACUAACAACCCCAUCCAAAGGGGGGUGGGGUGAAUAGGGCUGCAAAAGUGGUACAUUCCUGUUCCAGCGGAUUUGCCCUCCUUGGGGUACUUACCCUGGCGGAGGGGCAGAAAUGCUGCAAAGGUGGCCUUUGUCGCACCCUGAUGCAGCACUCAGUACCAUGUCAGCACUUCCAUGCCACUGCAAGCUAUGUUGGCACUGCAAGCUACGUAGGGCAUGGAGGAGGGCAGUCCCGGGGUGGAGCCAACUUCCACCCUGGGUUUAUGGCAGUUAAGCCAUGGCCCUGGCUCUCAGAUUUACACCACCUUCUCUGGCGGUGCGAUUUUUUCUUGGUUGUUUGCCUCCUGGCACCACUGGAAAGCCCUCUUGGAGGUGGCAGGGCAGCGCUGUUGCGGGGGGGGGUGUGUCCUGCCACCAGGGCUCUGAAUGGGGCUGCGCAUCACCUUUUUUAGCAUCCCUAGAAAAUUAUCACAAAGCUCUAUAAUAGGGGGAAAAAUGGAAGACUACUCUGCAAGCUGAAUUAAGGAUAUGCUAGUAAUAAAACAGUGAAAAAAAUCAGAGCUGAUGAUCGAAGCUGGUUUUAGGCAGCAGUUACCAAAAUGAUAGAACAAGAAUAGGUAACAUGGGGAUGUUAAAUUUUCCAGACACUUAAUAGGAAGAUAGAAUAUUCCAACUUCAUCCAGUAGAGAAUGACUUUGCCUACUGGAGAAUCACUUUGCCUAACCAUUAAGGGCCUCACAAAUAUGGAAAUAAAACUAUGGAUAUUUCCUUUUGCUGUACCAAUUAGCAUUUGGUGAGGCCAAGUAAAGACACUUCAGAUGCUAGAAGUGGCCUGCAGGCUAUCAGUUGGUUAUCUGUACUGUGUGUGUGUUAUGUGCUGUCAAGUUGCUCCCCAACGUAUGGUGACCCUAACAAUAAAGGUAAAGUUAGUCCCCCGUGCCUAUAAAUUAAUAACUUUCAAAAUGUCCUAUCAUUAACAGCCUUGCUCAGGUCUUGCAAACUGAAGGCUGUGGCUUCCUUUAUAGAGCCACAUUUGUACUACAGGACAUUAUCAAUGAUAGUUCUACACCAAAAUUUGCAAGGCAUCAGACCGUUGAUAUAAUUUAAUUUCAGAGGGGUUUCCUCAAUGCAACACAAUUGGAGUGAACUAUAUUCAAAACUCUCAGUACACACUGAGCUACAUUUUCAUGUAUGCCAGAGGAUGUUGCGUGCAUCUCCAAAAAUCAUCAGGAAAACCAUAUUCUGUAAUGGAUACAGAACAGGCAUAUAUUCCAUAUGUGUUUCUUAUUGCACAUCUGAAAAGUUUCUUGACCCUGAGCAAAACUGAUAGAUGCUGCUUGUACAGAGCUCUGUGGUUAUAGCAAGCCUCCUUGGUUUGCACAGGAGAUGCUGCAUUGGGAUUCAUGUGUUUACAAUGUGCUACUGACCAGUUGCUGCAGAGAAGCAGAAGGCCUCCAGAAACAGUGUGGCCUAUAUCCUCAGCCACUGUAAAUUGUUACAGAAGUCUUUAGAGCUGCAGCACAUGACACCAGAUAAAGAGUUGGUCCUUUUAAAUAUUUAUAUCAGUCUAGGAAAUUAAUUAAUUUAGAAACUAAUUUAUAUCAGCCUAAGAAAUUAAUUACAGUUUUUCUUAAUAUAAAUUUGUAUUUUGGAAAAAAUAUGCAAUAAAUCUAUAUUUUGAAUGUUAUUAUUUUACUUACUAUGCAUAUCAAGCCAUAGAACCCAGCAAUAAAAUGUUACUAUUUUGUAAAAUGCCAUAAGAAAAUAUUUUGUAAUUAUUAUGUUUGUAAAAGUAUUAACCUUUGACCCUUUUCUUGGUCUUUUUCUAUUUGUCUGAAGGCACUUUAGAUACCUGCAUUUUUCUGAAUAUCUGACCUAUUUUGUUUCAUCACUUAUUUAUCAUGUGUUCAUAAAUAAAAAAAUGUGUUUCUUU